AUCAUCAUCUAUAGAAUUGGAGCAACAUAAGUUUAUUCCUCUCCCAAGAAAAUGGAUCCGAGGCUGUACCGAUAUGCAAACUCCGGUGAUAUUCACUCCCUCAAGGAGCUUCUCGAUAGAGAUCCGAGCAUACUCCUGAGGUGCACUCCUCAAGGAAACAUGGUCCUCCAUGUUGCUGCUAGAUCCGGAAAAAUGACGGUUUUUGUGGAGAUCCAUCGUCGAUGCAAGUCCCUUCUCAUGAAGCCGAAUUCUGAGGGAGACACUCCUCUUCAUGUGGCUUCACGGGCUGGCCAUCUUUCUGUUGUGAAGUUUCUAGUCAUAGAGAUCACAUCCACCUCUCCUUAUCAGCUAGACAUUGAAAGCGGCUGCAACUGCAACUUCGAGAUGCUAAGAUGGGGAAACAGAAGGAACAAUACAGCCCUGCAUGAGGCGAUCAAAAAUGGUCACUCACGAGUGGCUAAGUUGUUAAUAAACGCCGAUUCUUACCUUGUACUUUGCGAAAAUUGUGCAGGAGAAUCCCCACUGUACCUGGCUGCUAGAGGGGGCAUGAAAGAGAUUGUAGAUUGGAUCUUGACAUCGUGCCCUUUAUCUGCCCAUGGUGGAUCUGAUGGUCAGACAGCUUUGCACGCUGCUGUGAGCGCGAGACAUUCAGAUAUAGUGGAAACCCUCCUAGGAGCAAAGCCGGAGCUGAUCAAAGAAGCUGACCACCAUGGCAAGACCCCUCUCUACUAUGCAGCUUUUUCUGGAUACCACAAAUUGGUCCAACAACUGUUAGAGCUCGGUAUCUCGACUGUAUAUGCAGUUGAUAGAGACGGUCUUUCGUCACUUCAUGCAGCAGCAAGUAAUGGACAUGCCAGGGUUCUAAAGGAGAUUAUUGGGCAAUGCCCAGAUGCUGGAGAAUUGGUCGACCUAAAGGGCCAAAACAUUCUUCAUGUUGCAGUCCUAAGCGGCAGAGCAAAUGUUGUCAGAUGCAUAUUGGAAACCGUCGAGCUCGAGGGACUAAUAAACCAGCCCGAUCACAACGGCAACACUCCUUUGCAUCUAACUAUCAUGGAAAGGAGAAGUUGGAUUGCAGCUUACAUGUUGCAGGAUGUGAGAGUUGAUCAAACAGCUCGGAACAUAAAAGGCGAAACCGCCUUCGACAUAGAGGAGCUAACCAAGGAAACACGUGUAAUUCCUUCAGUCGCGAUGGUGAAAUGGCGACGAUUAUGCCUCCCGCAUCAUUGGAAUUUCUGGGGAGGAUUUCUCCCCAGUACAGAUGACCAAAGAGCUUGUGCCUUGGAUUCAGAACAAACUUACAAGCAAAACUGUCAGACAUUAUUGAUGGUCGCGACGCUCAUCACAACCGUGACGUUUGCAGCCGCUUUCACAAUGCCCGGGGGUUAUAACAAUAACGCUGGCCCGGGACAAGGAGUGGCCCUUCUCCGGUCAAGCAGUCAUCUCAAGUGGUUCAUCAUAUCUGACACCAUUGCGAUGACCUGUUCAAUAAUGGCCGCUUCUGUCAUACUCUGGGGCGCUGCUUUCGGGAGGAGACCUUUUGUGCACUGCUACGUGAUCGCAGCUGUGCUGACAUGCAUCGCACUGCAGUCGACUGCAAUAUCGUUCGUGACGGGUCUUGUGGCUGUUUUACCUGACCAAACAUAUGUGUGCACCGUGAGCCACGUAGUCGGCAGUGUCUUCCUUGUUAACACCGGCUUGUUUCUUUUCAGACUCGCACAGAUUUUUUCCUUCUCUGAGAUCUGCCUCUCCGUGAUCUCCCGCCUCGGAGGGCUCAAGUGCAUCAUCAAUUCCCACGUAGCAAAAGAAUGA